AUGGAGAGAGCAACCCCUUCAAUUUUAUGUAGUUACUUUGUUAUUGUGUUGAUCCUACUUCUACUAGAUACAUCAGUGGCUGAACCAAGAUCUCAGAUAGUCCAGAAUAUAUGUGGAAACAGAAAAACAAUGGGUUAUGUCACAGAUUUUGCUGAUACAAUGGAAACUAUAACUCAACAAAUGAGUACUAGAGGGUAUGGAGUAGCAUUUACUGGCACUGGACCACUUGCUAACUAUGGACUUGGCCAAUGCUAUGGUGAUUUUUCUUUACGCGACCGCAUCAUAUGCUACACUGAAGCACGAUAUGUUCUGCCCCAUUGCUUCCCUUCUAACGGACAGCGAAUUUAUCUUGAUGGCUGCUUUAUGCGAGUGGAGAAUUACACGUUCUAUGACCAGUAUUUAGGUCCAGAGGAUAGGCGUGUAUGCGGAAACAGGAUGGCAAAGGGUUCAUUGUUCCAACAGACUGCUAGGCGAGCCGUUCAGCAAGCAAUUUCAAAUGCACCGAGUAAUAAGGGCUAUGCGCGUUCUCAAGUGUCAGUGCCCGGUCCUUCCAACGAGACAGCUUACGUUCUCGCUAAUUGCUGGAAGACACUGAGCGUGAAUUCCUGCGCCGCAUGUUUACAAAAUGCAUCCGCCUUCAUGUUGGGAUGCUUACCUUGGUCAGAAGGUAGAGCCCUGUACACCGGAUGCUUCAUGAGUUAUUUAUCGACUGAAAAAAGUAAUUCUGAUGAUAAAUGGUUGUUUUUACUUGCAAAUGAUCAUAUUGCAGGAAAAGUUGUAGUCAUUGUUGUUAGUUCCGCGGUCAUUUUGGGAGUAGGUGCUUUCAUUGGUACUUAUGUCUGGAGCAACAAACAAAUCCAGAAGAAGAGGAAAGGUAAAUCCUUGAGUUGA